GUUCGCCAUGGGGAAGGCUAGGCUGGCCGCGUUUCGCCGGAAGGGCUCCGGGGCCCCCGCGGGGGCUCAGAGCGGCCGCGCGAGGCCCAACCCCAACCCGUUCGAAGUGAAGGUGAACCGGCAGAAGUUCCCGGUCCUGGGCAGGAAGGCGCGCCACGCCGUGGGGCAGCCCGGGGUGUCGCGAGCGCGGGCCGUCCAGAAGCGUACCCAGACAUUACUGAAGGAAUACAAGGAAAGGGAUAAGUCUAAUGUAUUCACUGAUAAGCGCUUUGGGGAAUACAGUAGCAGCAUGAGUCCAGAGGAGAAGAUGAUGAAGAGGUUUGCCUUGGAACAGCAGCGACAACAUGAAAAAAAAAGCAUCUACAACCUCAAUGAGGAUGAAGAAUUAACUCAUUACGGCCAGUCUUUGGCAGACAUUGAAAAGCAUAAUGACAUUGUUGACAGUGACAGUGACGCUGAGGAACGAGGAACGCUAUCUGCUGAGCUGACCGCCGCCCAUUUUGGAGGUGGUGGCGGGCUCCUUCAUAAGAAGACCCUGCAGCAGCAAGGUGAGGAUGAGGACAAACCAAGGUCACGCAAAGAACUGAUUGAAGAGCUCAUUGCAAAGUCAAAACAGGAGAAGAGGGAGAGACAGGCACAGCGGGAAGGCGCCCUGGAGCUCACAGAGAAGCUGGAUCAAGACUGGAAAGAAAUCCAGACCCUGCUGGCUCAUAAGACACCCAAGUCUGAGAAUAGGGACCAAAAGGAGAAGCCCAAGCCUGAUGCGUAUGACAUGAUGGUUCGCGAGCUGGGCUUUGAGAUGAAGGCCCCACCCUCUAACAGGAUGAAGACGGAAGAAGAACUGGCAAAGGAGGAGCAGGAGCGGCUCCAGAAGCUGGAGGCUGCGAGGCUUCGAAGGAUGCGCGGUGAAGACAUGGGCAGUGAUAGUAGAAAACCGAAGCACCUGUCCGCGGACGACCUAAAUGACAACUUCGUUCUGGACAAAGACGACAGGCGUUUGCUUUCUUACACGGAUGGAAAGAUGAGCGUGGAGGAAGAGCAGAGCAGGGAAGCCAGUGACGGUGAGAGUGAGGAAGAUCACCACGAAGACCCGAGUGACGAGAACCUAGAGGAGAGCAGUGACCCAGAUGGGCACUCAGACCUGGACUCGGACACAGAGACCGAGGAGGACUGUGGGCGGCCAGACACAGAGCCCCGGCUGGCCCCACAGAAGAGGUUGGCCAACAAUGGCCACAAAGCUCGAGAAGCCGCCAGAAACGAGCUGCCCUAUACAUUUGCAGCCCCUGAAUCCUACGAGGAGCUGAAAUCUUUAUUAUCAGGAAAAACGAUGGAAGAGCAGCUAUUAGUGGUGGAGAGAAUUAAAACAUGCAACCAUCCAAGUCUUGCAGCAGGAAACAAAGCAAAAUUGGAAAAACUGUUUGGCUUCCUUUUGGAGUAUGUUGGAGAUUUGGCUACAAGUGAUACCCCAGACCUCGGAGUAAUUGAUAAGUUGGUCGUGCAAUUAUAUAAUCUUUGCCAGAUGUUUCCUGACUCUGCCAGCAACUCCAUAAAAUUUGUCCUACGAGAUGCCAUGCACGAGAUGGAAGGGUCUGUUGAGGCCAGAGGCCGGGUGGCGUUUCCGGGCCUGGACGUGCUCAUUUAUUUGAAAAUUGCUGGGAUGUUAUUUCCAACCUCUGACUUCUGGCACCCCGUCACGACGCCUGCGCUGGUGUGCAUGAGCCAGCUGCUCACCAAGUGUCCCGUCCUGUCUCUGCACGACGUGGUGAAGGGCCUGUUCGUGUGCUGCAUGUUCCUGGACUAUGUGUCUCUGUCUCGGAGGUUCAUACCUGAGCUCGUGAAUUUCCUCCUUGGGAUCCUUUACAUUGCAACUCCAAACAAGCAUGGCCAAGGUUAUACUCUGGUGCACCCUUUCAGAGCAUCUGGGAAGAACUCAGAACUGCUCUUGGUUUCUGAUGAAGAGGACACGGCCACAUGGCAGAGGACAGGCCUGUCCCUCCGCUGGGCAAGUGGACUGAAGGCCCAGACUAAGACAGAGGCCAACCACACCAGACUAUCCUGCUUGGCAGUGUGUGUGGCUCUGGUGAAGCACUGUGUGCUACUGUACAGCUCACUGCCCGCCUUCUGUGACAUCAUGAGGCCACUCAGGGCCCUGCUGACAGAGCACCUGGCCAACCGCACUCACCCCCCGGAACUCCAGGAGCUGUGCCAGAGCACGUUGAGCACGCUGACUGACAUGGGAAAGCAGAGCCAGCGCUGCCGGCCACUGGUCUGUGAGAAGAGCAAGCCCGUGCCACUGAGGCUCUUCACCCCCCGGCUGGUCAAAGUCCUCGAGUUUGGAAGGAAGCAGGGAAGCAGCAAGGAGGAACAAGAAAGAAAAAGACUGAUCCACAAACACAAGCGUGAAUUUAAAGGAGCAGUCCGGGAGAUCCGCAGGGACAACCAGUUCCUGGCACGGAUGCAACUCUCAGAGACCUUGGAACGGGAUGCGGAAAGAAAGCGAAAAGUGAAACAGCUUUUUAACAGUCUGGCCACUCAGGAAGGUGAAUGGAAGGCUCUGAAGAGGAAAAAGUUCAAAAAAUAAGUAGUUUCACAGAUGAGGCAGGAAGAUGCUGAGCCCUGUUAAUGAGCCCUGUUAAUAAAGGCUGCCGUCCCGUG